GACUAUGCCGGGGAUGGAAAAUGUCUCUUCUUUGCCCUUCCUCUCCAAUACCACGUCGUCCGAUGGAAACACCACAUGGCACGCCGGCGACUACCGUAGUCUCCAAAGAAUCAUGCACAUCCUCUCCAUGGUGGUUUACGGCGUCGCGUGCCUCUUGGGGGUGACCGGAAACGGCCUCGUCAUCUGGAUCGCGACCUUCAGGAUGAAGAGGACGGUCAACGCCGUCUGGUUUCUCAACUUGGCGGUGGCCGAUUUCGUCUUCACCUUCUUCCUGCCCUUGAGCAUCGCCUACACGGCUCUGGGCUUCCACUGGCCAUUCGGGAAGCUCCUGUGCAAGCUGAACAGCACCGUGGCCUUCCUGAACAUGUUCGCCAGCGUCUUCCUCUUGACGGUCAUCAGCGUGGAUCGGUGCGCUUUGGUGGUCUACCCGGUGUGGUCCAGAAACUUCCGGACCCCCAAGUUGGCUUGCGGCAUCGCCCUGCUCGCAUGGAUCGCCGCCUUUGUUCUGAGCGCUCCGUACCUCGUUUUCCGAGACACGGCGACAAAUUCGAGGAACGUGAUCAGCUGUUACAAUAAUUUUGCUCUGUCCGGCGACUACGACGCUGAGGAGACCCGAAGGAUCUGGAAGAUAAGGCACAAAGCCAUGAUCGUCACCAGAUUCCUGCUUGGCUUUCUUAUUCCCUUCUCGGUGAUCUUGGUUUGCUACAACCUCGUUGCGUUCAGGAUGAAGAAGAGGCGUCUGACCAAGUCUAGCAGGCCCUUCCGGAUCAUCUUCGCCGUAACGGGCUCGUUCUUCCUGUGCUAUUUCCCUUACCAUGUCUUCUCCUUGCUGGAAAUGUCCAAAAUGUCUUCCAGUCACGAGCUCAAAGUGGCCCUCUUCAUCGGGAUCCCUUUGGCUUCCAGCCUAGCGUUCUUCAACAGCUGUGUCAACCCAAUCCUCUACGUGUUCAUCGGGCAGAAGACAUUCCGGCAGUCUAUCUUCUCGGCAUUCGAAGGGGCUUUCGGUGAGGACUCGCUCCUGUCCGCCUUGUCCAGCAAGAGGAAAUCAAGAUCCAUUUCCCAGGCAGAAAUUCAAAUGCCAAAUGGGAUGCAACUUGUGCCAAAUCACCUGCCAGAACCCUCGGCGAGUUACUGUUGA